GCCCCGCCGUCUCACACACUAGCAUAGUCUAUCCGCCGCCACUCCUUACAUUUGCUGCUGCUGCUGUUUUGAAUAUAUCCUCUCCCUCAUUUUGACAAGUUGAGUGGGGAGAGAAUGGAUUUUGGACAUGAUAUAAAGAGAAUAAACGUAGAACAUAAUGACGAUGAUAGAUUAAGCUGCUUGCCACAAGAUCUUGUCUAUAAAAUCCUCUCUUUUAUUGGCAUUAAACAUGUUGUACAAACUAGUGUCUUGUCAUCUAAAUGGAGGUUUGUCUGGAUGUUAAUGCCCUGUCUUGAUUUCUCGACAGAGGAUUUCCCUACGGUGCCCAAGUUCGUUAACUUUGUUACACAUGUUCUCUCUGGCCGAAAUAAUAUGGUAGAUGUGUUUUCACUUGAGCUUCGUUAUUGUGAAGACGUCAGCCAGGAGCUUGUUAACCAAAUUAUCAACUAUGCAUUCUCUCACAACAUCCAACGCCUUAAGGUUACAUGCUUGAUGGAGAAUAACAUUGAAUAUUCCCUUCCUCUUUUUAGCUCUCGGUCUCUCAAGCAUCUCACUUUGACAAAGGAAUUCAGUGGCUUUUCUAUGAUAUCUGCCUUUUCAAAUUUCCUUAAAGUAACAUCAACUUGGGAGCUACAAUCCUUAACAACAUUGUAUCUCCAUGAUGUCACUUUCUGUAGUGAUGACCGUACUGAUGACUGCGUUGAUCUUUUCUCUAAUUUUGCAAACUUGAAGAAUCUCACCUUAGAAGAUUGCAAAACAAAGGGACUGAAAAGUGUAAGAAUUUUUCAUCCAAGACUAUUCAACCUCACGCUUUACAAUGGCCACGACAGCUGGGAGGUUUUCCAUGUGGAUGCACCUCAACUCGAGAAUCUCACUAUAAGUAAUUGGUCACGGGAGCAUUAUGUGGUUUCUGCACCCAAACUUUCCUCUCUGCACUAUAGAGGUUGUCACCAUUUGCACCUUUCUACAAACGGUUUCCAUUCUUUGGAGAAGGUGGAUCUCUGUGUUACUGUUUACCGUGAAGACUAUGUAGAUGCUCGUGGAAUUGUUUCUCUGUUUCAAAAGUUCAAGAGUGUCAAAUAUCUUAAACUUAACAUGGAAAUAGUUGAGCUUCUUUCAUCAUAUGUGGAACUAGUCUCACAUCAUCCUUCUCCAUUUAAUAAAUUAAAGAGAUUAAAGAUCUAUCCUGUAGCUGAACUUUUGGAGGAGGAAGAACAAAAUACAGUAAAGAUAUCUACAGAUGUCAAAAGCUACCUGCUUGAUAAUUCUCCAGAUGCUACCUUCACAAUGGUUACACGUGAGGAGGUUCGAAAUAUGAAGAACAUUAAGUUGACAAAAAACCUUAUGGCAGAGUUACGGGUGCUACUAGAUAAGGAGAAAGCUAAGAUUGAGACCAACAGGGCUCAUAUGGAGCAAGAGAAAACUCAAGUUGAUAACAAACUGCAGAGUGGCAGAAGGAUAAAACAUGUCAAUAGAUGUUGGAAAGAUUUAACUGUGCAGAUCAAGCAAGGUAAAUCAAAGACUGCUGACAUCAUUUCAAGGUUGGAGGAGAUUAAAGGAUUACUAACAAAGCUGCCUGUAUCAAGGAGGGCUGAGAUGGAAGCAUGUUUUCCUAGUUUACGUGCAGAAGCCGACGAGGUUGUAAAUAACAUAUUAGAUCAUAUGAAGAGCAAAUGCGAUAUGAACGGAAGCCAUUUUAGCGUGUACUUACGAUGAGCUUGCUUCUACAUCACAAUUGUCUUCUUAGCAUAUUUGGCUAAAAAGAAGGCAGCAUUGAUACAGAUCUUUAAAGGUCUGGAAUAAGGUUUAAGAGCUUCAAGCUUGUUUUGAUGAGGUGCGCAUGAUUCAAAUGCUCCUGACAAACGGGGAACUUAGUGGUGAGUGGUUAAGGGGUUCUGGACAUGACCUUGUUUUUGGUGUUAGGAAACAUAAAACCUUUCGGCUUCAUUAAAAAACACUGAAUUGGCCAAAAACCUUAUGGAAGAAUUAUGGGAGCUGCUUGAGGAGGAGAAAGUCAAGACCAAGACCAAUAGGGCUGAUAUGGAGCAAAUGAACACGCAAGGUGAGAACCAACUACAGAUUGGGGUAGAGUGAAGCAUGUCAAUAGAUAUUGGGAAGUUUUGAGCUUUCAGAUGAGCAAGGGAGAAAAGACUUCUGACAUUUUUCAGAGUUGAGGGAGAUUAAAAAAUUACUGAAAAAGCUGCCUACAUCAAAUAGGGAAGAGUUGCAAACAUGUUUUUCUAGUUUGUGCACAGAAGCCGACAUGGUCAUGAAAAACAUAUCAGAUGGGAUGAAAAUCCAAUGCAAUAUGAAUGAGCGUUGUUUCAGUGUGUACUUUCAUGAACUUGCUUAAAGAUCAGAAUCUUCGUUUUAGCAAUUUGUAACUUGUUGAUUUCUUGUGUACUCGCAUGAUUUUUGUCAUCAAAUUUCCAAGUGUUGAUAUCUCAGGUUCCAUGUUCCUUGUUUUUUACC